UUGCCUUUGCUGCGAGACAGAAAACCGCUACGUGUGGAUGACUGAAAUCCCCACACUUGCGACGGACAAACAUGGUUAAUAUGAUGUAUUGAUGUAUUUUACGGUGGCUACGGCGAUUGAUUUCGCAGACAUGAGUCUCAUCAUUUCAAAAACGGGGAAGUGUAGAUAACAAGCCUUUUCUCCAUCCUGUGCCAUUUGCUGGGACUCGGUAAAGUAGUAGCUUGCUAAUGGAAAAGCCACCUAGACUACUGUUAUCGCGGCUCUGGCUGCAAAACAGGGUAUACGAUGUCACUUUAAACAGCAUUGUUUUCGCAUGGAAGGAGACCGAACCUAACAGAAAACGUGCACCUGGAACCAACUGGAACACCUGUAAAGCUGCGGGCAGCCACAGUGUUCCUGUGUGUGAGGUAAUAGCUGUCCAGGAGACGGCUGAGGAGAACCAGAAGAGCAAGAAGAAUGUUGGGAAGUGGCACAGAGUUCCCAGAAGCCCAGAGGAAUCCUACCAGCCUCCGGCGUUUACAGUAUUCUAUGUGGAAAGAACGAGGCAGCAUCGCUGGCGAUGCAGAAGCGUAACUUUCCACUGUCCAGACUGGGGCCUGUGUCAGCAGUGGAUACAGACCAUCGAGGAGCAGCUCACUUUAUUAACCUACCGACCGAAGCGCUUGCUGGUGUACAUCAAUCCCUUUGGAGGGAAACAACAGGGAAAGCGGAUUUACGAGCAGAAAGUCGCCCCAAUCUUUUCCCGUGCCUCAAUUUCCACCGACGUGAUUGUGACGGAGCGAGCUAAUCAUGCGAGGGACCACUUGAAAAGCGAAGCCGAUCUUAAGAAAUACGACGGGGUGGUGUGUGUCGGGGGUGAUGGCAUGUUCAGUGAGAUCGUCCAUGGCCUGGUAUGGAGGACGCAGUCGGACUCGGGUGUGGAUCAGAACUGUCCGGAGGAAACACUCGUCCCCUGUGACAUUCGCAUCGGCAUCAUUCCUGCAGGUUCAACCGACUGUAUCUGCUAUGCAACGGUGGGCGCUAAUGAUCCAGUGACUUCUGCCUUGCACAUCAUCGUGGGAGACUCGCAGCCAAUAGACGUCUGCUCCGUUCACCACCACAACACAUUCCUCAGAUACUCCAUCUCGCUGCUUGGAUACGGUUUCUACGGAGACUUGUUGACGGACAGCGAGAAGAAGCGCUGGAUGGGGCCUACAAGAUAUGACUUCUCAGGUGUUAAGACGUUUCUGUCACAUCACUACUAUGAGGGAACCGUGUCUUUCCUACCCGCCAUCGACAAUGCAAGCUCGCCAAGAGACAAGUUUAAAUGCCGAUCGGGGUGUCAUGUAUGCCAGCACAGCGAUCACCUUCCCCUAGAGGACAAGCCCAUGUGUAAUGAGGAGGAGGAGGAGGAAGAGGAGCAAGAUGGCGUGGUGGAGAGUGGACACAAGGACGUGUGGCGAGUCAUCCGAGGUAAAUUCGUGGCCAUCAACGCUGUAAGCAUGAGCUGUGCUUGUCCCAGGAGCCCCAAAGGCCUGUCACCAGCCGCACACCUGUCGGACGGCACCACCGACCUCAUCCUCGUCCACAAAUGCUCCCGCCUCGACUUCCUACGACACUUGCUUCGCCACACCAACAAAAAUGACCAGUUUGAUCACUCUUUUGUUGAGGUGCACCGCGUGCGCCGGUUCCGCUUCAUGCCGAAGCACCAGGAGGCGGAUCCGGAGGAGCUGGACCUGUGCGAGAGGGGAGGAGAAGGAGAGGGAGGAGGAGGAGGAGGAAGAGGGAGAAGGCUCUUUGGCCAGAUCUGCCGAGACCAUCCAGCCUGCAGCACCUGCGCCCCGACCCACAGCACAUGGAGCUGUGACGGGGAGACGCUGCCUCACACUGCCAUUCAAGUCGGGGUGCACUGUCAGCUGAUCAAGCUGUUUGCCAGGGGGAUCGAGGAGCAGCCCGUCUUCGAAGACUCCUCUGCCGUGUGCUCCGCAUAAGACUUGCUCAUCACGUGCACUCAAAAGACAUGCUGGACAAGACAAGAGAGGCGUUUUGAUGAAGGCACACUGAUACACAGGAACCUGACCUACAGGAAAACAUACAUCCCUCCAUUCAUCUAUCCAUUCAUCUAUCCAUUCAUCCAUCCAUUCAUCCAUCCAUCCCUCGUCAGCCCUCACGGAUACUUAGGGUCAUGUAGCAUCACUCCAAAUGCCUCUGAGUCCUCACUCCUAGGGCAUGUUGUUCUUGAGGGGAAAUCUAGCAGCUAGUAGUCCAUUCGGAACAUCAUUUCUGUUCAUAAAGGCGCCAUUGUGGCAUGGCUGGUGGUGUUAUGGGCUGUCAGACAAAGAGUGCACUGUAGGCAUCCACCAAGGAAUCAAGCUUGAGAUUCAGUAUUAGCAAGCAACAUUGAAGAUUCUACACUUAGAACAAAGGUUGCUUUUCUUUUUUCGCUCAGUGGUCCUCCCCCCAUCUCUUGUGUUUCACCUGUAGUGUGAAAUGCACUUCUUCGUCGAGAAGUUAUUAUUAGACACGAGACACCUGCUCCCUGCGGAGUUUGUCUUCCUUUGUCCCGUCAAGCUGGUCUUGAUGUGCAGCAUUGUCACUUUUCCCGUUUUUUUCUUUCUUCCUUUCUUUUUCCCUCCUAUCGCUUAGAAAAGUAAAAAAAAAAAAAUACAAGUCAUGAGAAAAGAGAAAAGUAAGGAACACGACACAACUUCAAGGUUUGUUUUGUGUGAUUUUUAUUUUGUUUUUUUGUCCCUGAGUGUUUUGUCUGCUUGACAUGAAGGAUACAAGGUUACCCUAAGAUGAAAGUUACUGCUUCUGUUAUGCCAAACACUAUUCCCAUUUUAUUAUGCUUGCCUGGGUUAUGUAGCUCCUAGUGAAUGACUUGAAAUGAUUUGUGUAAUGUUUUUUUUAGCUUUUCAGUGUUUAUGCUGUAGUAUCAUACACUUACAGUGGAGUUCCACACAAUAGACCCACGGGUCACCUUUUAGACUUGUUUUGAAAUGAUUUUAAAAAUGGCAUGAUUUCUGUGCAAAUCAAAGCGUAAAAUAAUUAUAGACGUUUUAUAUUUGUUAGAAAUAUUUUUCAUCUCAUCGACCAUCUGCAUUCCAGGUUGGGUGUUGAAGACAAUAAAAAAACGUAAUCAUUCCACGCCAAAUAAUAUGCUAAGAAACUAUCAGUCCCUUCGUUCCAUCCCUCAUUUAGUGUUGUAAAGUUCCGGAACUCUCCAGAGUUCCGGAGUGCUGUGAGCGUUUGAAUGCUGAUGCUGGACCUGUCGGCUUGGCUCUGGUGGUGGCCUGUGUGCCUCCUGAUGGAAGGGGAGAUGAAAGCGGUGCUGCCGCUGUGUCUGUGGCUUAAUGAUGCUGUGUGGCAGAGCUCCAGGCGCGCCAGCUGACGAGCUGCCUCCAGCUUCAAACAGCCACUCCGGGUCCUUCUCCUCACCGCCUCACUUCCAUCUCGCGUUGUCUAAUUCCUGUAAUUAUUGAAGAGCCGCAAAAUAUCCUGAGGGGGUUAUUCUCCAGGGCCGACGCAGAGGUGUCGCUGUAGGAGCCAAUUUUUUUUUCUCUCUUUUCAUUCCCUUUUCACUAGUCACUGUUUGCGUUAUAAGUCUUUUAUUGUUUGUUUAGACUCUCAGGAGACUUAAAAAGUAAUCUGUGAUUUAUGUGAAGUCAAAUUGCCUCUUCUCCUGUGCUGUAAUAACCAUGUUUGAUAUAUUUCUUGCAUUUUUUUUGUCGAAGAACAGAACAUUCCAUUGAAUAUGGCUUGUGUGAUAUCAGGCGUUUUUUAUGGCUCUCUGUGGGGUGACUCCUGUUUUUUUGUGUGAAAUAUCUAUGCACCCUAAGCACCGCUCCAUGGCUCAUAUGAUCGCAUGCUCCGCGGAGAUAAUGUGGACUUCAUCCCGUAAAUCACGGCAGCUCUGACAGGUAGAUGCUCUGGCGUUUGGCGAACACAUGUAAAUCACCCAUCAGCCAUCCCCGGCUCAGCCAUUAGCGCAGACACAGGCUCUCGUCAGCGUGAGUGCAAAAUGUAUGAUAACAUUGGCAUGGUGUGAUCAGCUGUCAGCAAGCCUGCUUAUUUGUUGGAGGGUUUUUUUUUUGGCGAUGCCAUGUGGCCACUGCGGCGAACGAGGCUGAUCACAACGACACGCUAGGCAGCCAUCUGACAGCUGCUUCGCUUGGCAGCCAGCAGAAAUUCCCUCUCAAUUUUCAGACACACUCGCUCAAAAUUGUUUAUCCUAGCUGCCACUAAAUCUCUUUUGCAGCACACACACACACACUCACACACAUCCACACACACACACACACACACACACACUCACACACUCACACACAUCCACACACACACACACACACUCAAUCACACACACACAUACACUCAAGUGCGAGGUGCUGCCUAAGUCGUGGAUAUUCUGUCAUCAGGCUUCAUUGUGCACACACACACACACACAAGCCGAAUCCAAACAUCUUAUCUGAGCUGCAUGUACACACCGCUUGGCAUCUCAGUCACUUGUAGUAAUGCAGUCUGCACCAUGCAGCAGGUGGCUCGACACGACAGUCUUUUGUGCCGUGGCGGAGAGGGGAGAGCGAUGCAGACCGCAGCCUGUCUGUCCGGCACUCUUUUUUUUUUUUAAAUGUAGCACAUUAUGGGCAUUGUCAUUCCCCUCUGCUCCCCACCACCCCUGUGGUGCAGGAGAUUGGGCGCGAUGUCCAGUCAGCACUGUGUUAAUGUGGCAGCGGUGUCACCACACCAAGACUAAGGUCACCUUCACACCGAGAGAGAGAGAGGACCUUUUUGGAAGGGGGCCAUUGUUGGACUUAGUGUGUAGGAGUUAGAACUAGUGAUGAAGAAUUUUACUCGAUAAUGGUGACUGACUGAAAAGCAAAAGCCGUUCGUUAUGAAGGCAUUGAGAUGGCACAAUAAUGUAAUGUAUGGGAAAACCUGUUGCGUUGAAGUGUGAUUGUACUAUUUGGAGAAAAUAUAAAAUACUGAAUAAAAACUGACCUAGAACCAG